AUGUCGGAAUAUCAUUCAUUUUCAUUGACACAGCAUUUGCCUAAUAAGAAUACAAUAAAAAGUAAUACAAACACUAAUAAUGCACUGAACAAUACUGGCAAACAUCUCCAGUUACAGAACCCGCAGCAGCAUGACUUCCAUCAGCAUAAUUUCAACCAGAAAAACGACCAUCAACAGCCAGAAGUCAUCAGUUUGAAUGAUCCCAAUGCAACGCCUUUAGCAUUGACCUCAGAUCACAAGCAAAAUUAUGAAAUCGAUUGGUCAAACCAUCACCAUACAUCUACGUUCCAAAGCUUAGAUUCCAUACUGAACAAUGUGCCAAACUUCAAUCACACAAGACAUCACACUGCUCCCGCUGCUACACAUGAUUUCCACCCUCUGUUUGAUUUCUUGCCGUUUAGUGAUCCAUCGACGCAUGGGCUCGUCAUGCCAUCCGAUCAACAGCAACAAAGCCAUCCCAAUCCUGAAGAGUCAAACGGUAUUCAUCAUACUAUUUCUGGUUUCAAUGACCAACAUGAUUUGUUUUCGUUCAACCACAACGACAGUAAUGGCGAUGGAUCCAGAUCAAUUAUACCAUAUUUUGAUGGCAUUGAUGAGCAUUACAAUCAGCCAAAAGACAGCUCCUUGCUGUCGUCUAAUGCUCAUCUUCUACUUCAUGAUCCACAGCAUUCGCAUCUCACUGCUGCCUUUUCUCCUACUACUACCGCAUCUCCUUCGCCUACAACUACCGCUAGCUCUUCUUCUCCUGCUUACAGAAUCUCAAAUUUAUCAAUUGUUCAGCAACAGCAAAAUCAGCCUAAUCAACAACAGCAACCGCAUCAGCAACAGCAGCAGAACCAACACAUUCAAACUCCCUCUCUUCUUGGAAAUGCUAAGCAGAGUCAGCAAUCCAAUGCAACUGAAGAGAUUGCAAACAAGCCAGCGUUUCUCGAGUUUCAAUCACCAGCACCAAGCCGCAUUAGCUCCUCUGUGUCUUCUCGUAUGAUGCAAGGUAUGGUAAAUGCUGUCAAAAUGAAACCAGCGAUCCAAGCGUACCUUCAUGCCGACGAUCCAAUUGAGGCUGGAGAACGCACAGUCAUUAUCAUGACAAGUAAAGUUGCUCAGAAAAGCUAUGGAACAGAAAAAAGAUUUCUGUGCCCUCCGCCUACUACCAUCUUGGUUGGUUCUAGCUGGUGGACGCCUCCGUCAGUAGCGAGUCAACAGAACGAAGAGCACCAGCAAGAUGCACUGUUUUGCGACAAGGACAAUGUCAUUCGAGCCCCUCCUUCAUUGACCAUAUGUAUUUCUGGUGAGACAUCUGGACAGCAAUCAGGACGAAUCGAAUGGUAUGCUUUAUCCGGCACGGUGGUGGGGCAGACGGGUGGAACGCUGAACAAUGCAAAGACGGCGUCCACUGCGCCUGCUAACAAAGGCAAUAAAAACACAUCCACAGCACCAGCAGCAGUAGCAUUGGCAAUAGAAAACACUGCUAACGGUGAAAGCAAGUCAAACGCAAACGAUGAUUGGUAUCGCAAUAGCAGAAAAGAAACAUUGGCAGGUGGUCGUUGCGUUCUAAAGCGACUCUAUAUCAAUGAUGCAGAUGAAAAGCGAAAGAAGGUCGAAUGUCUGAUCAAAGUACAGCUUGCAAACGGCCUCAUGCUGGGCACUCUUUCUAGUAGAGGCAUUAAAGUGAUUAGUAAGCCUAGCAAGAAGCGUCAAAGUGUCAAGAACAUUGAACUUUGCAUCUACCAUGGCACCACUGUGUCUCUAUUUAACCGUAUUCGAUCGCAAACUGUGUCGACAAAGUAUUUGGGUGUGUCAUCCACAUCGGGCGAAUCCUCCUUGUUUGAUUAUCCAGGCAGGCUUCAGAGCCAAAAGUCUCCUCAAGCCAAUACGGAUACCUGCUUUGUGGCAAGAACCAGUUCAUGGGACCCGUUCGUCAUAUGGAUCGUCGACCCUACCCAAGGCACUACUGCAGACGAGUCUACUUCUGUCUCUCGUGCUGACGAGUACAUUGGAUGUCCGAGUCUUGUGCCUACUAUACCAUAUCCUAACCCUCCUACCAUUGCCCUCAAAAACAAGACAAAUCAACCAUUAGCGAUUCGCUACAAUCAACAUGUAGUGCUUCAGUGCCUGACGACUGGCCUCGUUAGUCCUGUGAUGAUUGUUCGCAAGGUAGACAAAGCUUCCAUGGUAGUGGGCGGCGCUCGUUGUCCGGAAGAGUUUGAUCCCUCCUUCUCAGGUGGCGGUGAGUAUGGCGAUGAGGUGCUUGGCGAUCCGGUAUCCCAGUUACAUAAAAUCGCUUUACAGAUAGUGCAACAUGAGAAUGUCAUUCAACACCAAGCACAACAGGCUGAAGCCAGCUACCAGAACAGUUACAGCCAUACCAACAGUGCCUAUCAGAAUCACUUCAAUAUCAAUGCCGCAAAGCAUUUGCAACAGCAACGGCAACUGCAGCCACAAGAUGCUAAUACAAUGAUGCCUCAAAUGACGAAAGGUCCAGUGACCUACCUCGCUUGUCUGAACGACCUCGUUGGAACGCACAAAACGACAGAUAAGAGAAGCCCCAUCAAAGGCAUUCAUUUCAAUAUCAAUCCUGCUGCCGCUGCUGCUGCUGCUGAAUGCUACAAUUUCACUGCCAGUGCUUUGUCUGCUACGUUGAAUUCGAAUAUGACGCCAAAUAAUCGUAAACGACGAGUGUCCAUGAUGAAUGACCAAUCCAACUAUAACAUGAUGUCGAGUCCACAUAUGCAGCAGAUGUAUAACAACUCUCUGGGAGAUUUGGAUGGAUCUAGUAACGUGCGACGUCGUGUCAGUAGCUUGAAUGAUACUCACAAGCUACCCAACUCCAAUCCAUCGGCACAUCACAACACGCUUAUGCAAAGAUCACAUUCCAUCUCCACCCCAUCAGCAGCAUACCAAGAUAAAUCGGCAACGGCUAAUCGUAAGAGCAGCAUUGCUGCUAACAGCGGCCAAGCUCUAGCAGAAUUUGGCGCCUACUGGUCAGAGGAUGUGACAGAUGCUGCUGUGUGGACAAUUGUUGGCACAGAAUGCGCAAGAUACACCUUCUGGACGCCUCCUCAUUUGGACGAGAACAAGCAGCAAGAAAAGCAAAUCACAGCACCACUGAGCACGCCAUUCCCUUGCCUGACUCAUUUUGUCAUUUCCAAUGAUCAUUACGUGGAUCCCAAUAAGCGAAAUCAACCACAGCAGCUCCAUCACCAGAGCCAUUCAGAUGAUGACUACAAUUUGUCUACUCUGAUGACAGUAUCUGGCGAGAACUUUACACGCGAUUUGCAGAUCUGGUUUGGUGAUAUCAAAGCUCCAUUUACAGAAUACCGUAGCCGUGAAAUGCUGGUAUGCCGCUUGCCUCCUCGAGAAGAAUUGAUGCAAUCUGUAGGUCUCAAUAGAGUCCAUGAUGUAUUAGCAAAUGAGCAGCAUGCAGAUGACGACGACGACCAAAGAAAACCUAGAAUGCCCUACAGUAUCAGGAUACUGUUGGUGCGAGGUGAUGGUGUCGUUUACAAGACAAGUCGGUCCUACUCUUUCUGCUGA